AUGGUGAUGUUUCUGGUGAUGCUUCUUCUACUCCCACCUCACAUGGCAUGCAAGGCUCACAUACUGAACUGUCAUGUCCAUGAUCCACACCCUCCACUUCACAAGUAUCAUCAGUCAGGAGACCUCAUCUUUGGUGGCAUAGUUUCUCACAGCUACAUCAUCUCCAAUGCCUUAGCCUUCACUGAAGAACCCCCACAGGUACUACGCGAAGAGCUUGUCGUGGUGCCUAAGAAUUACCAGCACGUCCUGGCCUUGGCAUUUGCCGUAAAGGAGAUCAAUGGCAACCCUCAGAUCUUAUCCAACACAACCUUGGGCUUCCACAUAUUUGACAGCUAUUUCAUGGCAAGGGGAACUUAUCAUGCCACACUGCUCCUUACGUCCAGCCCAGAGAAAUUGGUUCCCAACUACAAAUGUGACACUCAGAAUAAUUUGAUAGGUGUCAUUGGGGGACUUGACCCCCUAACCUCUCUUCAUGCAGCAACAGUCUUGGAUAUCUACAAAAUUCCACAGCUCACAUAUGGCCCUGCUCCCAUCAUGCACGACAAAACUCCAGGCCUCUCCUUCUACCAAAUGGUCCCACAAGAAGCCCUCCAGUAUGAGGGGAUUCUCUCCUUACUUCUGUAUUUCAAGUGGACAUGGAUUGGGCUCCUUACAAUGGAUCUUGAGAAUGGAGAACAAUUUGUGCAAACAGUGGUUCCAAUGUUUUCCUCCAGUGGUAUCUGUUUUGCCUUCAUAGAAAGAAUGUCCAAAGUAUCUUUUAUCACUGAAGUACAAGAUUUGAUACAAGAGGGUGCAAAAAUAUGUGAUAAAAUAAUGGGUAGCAAAGCCAAAGUGAUGGUCCUCUAUGGAGAAUCUUACUCAAUGAUAUUUCUUAGAUGGUUUCCAUAUUUAUCAGAAGAAAAAGAAGAGAUGAGAGAGGAUGCAAGAGGUAAAGUGUGGAUAAUGACAGCCCAGAUGGAGCUGACCUCUGCAGCUUUUCAAAGGUCUUGGGAUACACAAAUAAUCCAUGGGGCUCUGUCUUUCACAAUUCAUUCAAAUGCUCUACCAGAAUUUCACAAAUUUCUUGAGCACGUAAGUCCUUGCACCACAAAAGGAGAUUAUUUCAUCAAGGACUUCUGGCAACAGGCCUUUGCUUGUGUCUUCCCAAGUAUAGUCACAGAUGUUAUGGAUCAGAAUAUUUGCACUGGAGAGGAGAACCUGAGAAUGCUUCCAACACCUUUGUUUGAAAUGAGCAUGACGGGCCAUAGCUAUUGUAUAUACAAUGCUGUCUAUGCCAUGGCCCAUGCUCUCCAUGCCAUGUUCUCAUCCAGACUCAAUUCAAGAUUACUGGAAGACAAUGGGAAGGUGGAAUCUCAGAUUUAUCAGCUGUGGCAGUUCCAUCAUUUCCUCAGAGGUGUGUCAUUUAAUAAUAGUGCAGGAGACACAGUUUCCUUCAACCAGAAGGGGGAGUUGGAAGCUGGGCUUGAUGUUAUUAAUUGGAUUGCCUCGGAGAACCAAUCCUUUCAUAAAGUUCAAGUUGGCAGGAUGGAUCCGCAGACUUCUUCGGGUGAAGUGUUCACCAUCCAUGAGAAUGCUAUAACAUGGCACAAGUGGUUUAACCAGGAAAUAAGCUUCUUGUCUUUUGAAGAACCUGUGGGGCUCAGUUUAGCCCUUUCUGCUCUUUCCGGUUCCUUGGUCACUGUUCUAGUCCUCUUGACUUUUAUGAAGAACCACAACACUCCCAUUGUCAAAGCCAACAACCGGCAGCUCACCUACACUCUCCUCCUCUCCCUCCUGCUAUGCUUCCUUUCUGCCCUGCUAUUCAUUGGACAGCCUCAGAAGGUGACAUGUCUCCUCCGACAAACUGCUUUUGGCAUCGUCUUCUCAGUGGCUGUUUCUUGUGUGCUGGCAAAAACCCUCACUGUGGUUCUGGCUUUCGUGGCCACCAAACCAGGAUCCAGAAUGAGGAAAUGGGUGGGAAAGAGGCUGGCCAAUUCCAUUGUUCUUUUUGGCUUCCUUCUACAAGGAGGCAUUUGCAUUGUGUGGCUGGUAAUCUCUCCCCCGUUGCCAGAGGCUGACGUACACUCAGUGGCUGAACAAAUUAUACUUGGAUGUAACGAGGGGUCUGUGACAAUGUUUUAUUGUGUCCUUGGCUAUAUUGGCCUCCUGGCCACUGCCAGCUUCACUUUGGCCUUCCUUGCCAGGAAGUUACCCGACACCUUCAAUGAAGCCAAGUUUAUCACUUUUAGCAUGUUAGUGUUUUGCAGUGUGUGGUUAUCCUUUCUUCCAACCUACUUGAGCACUAAGGGGAAAUACAUGUUAGCUGUGGAGAUCUUUUCUAUCUUAGCCUCCAGUGCUGGAUUAUUGGUGUGCAUCUUUUCUCCCAAAUGCUACAUUAUUUUGUUGAAGCCUGAAUUGAACAAAAGGGAACAGCUAAUACGAAGAACUAACUGA